AUGGGGUUAAUCAAUUCUCGCAUAUGCCAUUCUGUACUGAUAUUGAUAUUAUUAGCUUCCCUGUGCAGUUUUUCAGAUUGCUAUGACCCCUUGGAUCCAAAUGGUAAUGUGACAGUUACCUUCGACAUUCUCCAAUGGACAGUAGAUGGCUAUGUGGCACGGGUAACCAUCCAAAACUAUUAUCAAUACCGUCACGUUGAUAAACCUGGUUGGCAACUAGGAUGGACAUGGACCAAAAAUGAGGUCAUCUGGUCAAUGAACGGUGCUUUUGCCACCCAACAAGGGGAUUGCUCAACCUUCACGUCCCAAAUACCACACUCCUGCAAGAUAGACCCCGUUAUAGUUGAUCUCUUGCCAGAUGCUGCAAACGAAAACAAAUCGAGUGACUCUUGCCACGGUGGGCUUCUUUCUGCUUGGGCUAUCAAUCCUUUACAAUCAUUCUCAUCAUUUGAAAUCACGGUUGGCCACUUAGAAGGGAAUACUACCGGGUACAUACCUUUAAAUCUUACUUUAAUGGCACCAGGACCCGGUUACACUUGUGGCCAACUGGAAGACACUGAUCCCACAGUUUCUUCGGUUAUUGGGGGUAGAAGACAAGAACAGGUGUUCAGGACAUGGAAAUCAUCAUGCACAUACUCUAGUUACUUGGCUAACAAAGCACCAGUUUGUUGUGUUUCCUACUCAACAUUCUACAAUCCUAUCAUCACAUCAUGCCCUCAGUGCAUCUGUUGCAGAUCAUCAAAUCCGAAUCCAAUGUCAUGCAUUGGUAAAGGGAAUCCGGUAACGCAGUCAGAUCUUGCGAGUAAACCUGAUAUAGUGCAAUGCACUGAUCAUAUGUGCCCACUUCGUGUCCACUGGCACUUGAAGAACAAUUACAAGGAUCAAUGGAGAGUGAAGUUGACAAUAUCGAAUUACAACUAUGGGAAGAGCUACUCAGACUGGAAUGUGGUAGUUCAGCAUCCUGGUUUUAGCCAGUCCCCAAUAACUUAUAGUUUCAACAGUACAGUGCUUCCCACUGUUGGGAUCACAGAUGAAGUUGCACUCUUCUGGGGACUAGAACACUACAACAGUCAGCUGUUGACUGCGGAUGAAAAGCAACCGGGCUCAGUGACAACAGAGGUACUCCUGGAAAAGGACUCGAAGUCAUUCACCUUGAGAAAUGGAUGGGCCUUUCCAAAAAGAAUUUAUUUCAAUGGUGACAACUGUGAAAUGCCUCUUCCAGACACAUUCCCUAUGUUACCAAAUGGAAGCUUGAGCCAAAAACCUACUCACCACCACUUCAUACUUCUUUUUCUGAUCAUUUUGACUCUCAAAACAUUACUGGUUUGAUUUUAAUUUUGAUUUGCUCUUUACAAUGCUGCCCUCCAAUAUUUUUUUACUUAUAAUUGUAUUGGCUUGAAUUUUUGUAUUUUGAAAUUCCUGUCUUCUCUAAGAUCGGUUGAACAUGCUUGCAUGCAAUCGUGUAUAAAGGCGAAUUUCAAUUGUAAUGAUCAAAUUUCUACUUUCAAUUUGUGUAGUGAUUUUGGGUAUACAAAUA